GCGUAGCUACUAUUCUGAUUAACUUGAUAGAUCACCGCACUCUUAGCUUAUAUUCAACCUUAUUUACCGUUCAGUUUAUCAUUUUGCUACCAUUUUUGCUGCCAUUGGAGAAAUAAGUAUCUAAUUUGUGCUCAAAAUGGCAGCUGAAACGGUCUCGGAUUUGCGGAAGGCGUUUAGAAGCGGUAAAACGAAAGACAUUGAGUAUAGAAUUGAACAGUUGACUGCUUUGAAAAAGCUGAUUAACGAAAACGUUGAGGCUUUGACCAAUGCAGUGUUCAAAGAUCUGGGCAAGUGCAAAACUGAAUCGAUGCUAUUCGAAAUUGACAUGUUGGAAACAGAAAUCGAGGAAUGCUUGAAGAACAUUUAUAAAUGGACUGCGCCUGAUUAUGUAUCGAAAACUUUGAUGUACAAACCGAUGACAUGUUACAUCAAUAAAGAACCGCUUGGUGUUGUUUUGAUUAUCGGGGCCUGGAAUUUUCCCAUAAACUUGACACUGAUGCCGCUUAUUGGAGCUAUAGUUGCCGGCAACUGUGCUAUUGUAAAGCCCUCCGAAAUAUCGCCAGUGACUGCUCACCUUCUGGCAGAGAUGGUUCCAAAAUAUCUGGACCAGGAAUGUUACAGGGUCGUCUGUGGCGGAGUAAAAGAAACUACUGAGAUUCUAGAGGAGAGAUUCGAUAAGAUUUUUUACACAGGAAGUGGUAACGUGGGUAAAAUUGCGAUGACUGCCGCGGCUAAGUUUUUGACCCCUGUAGUUCUGGAACUCGGAGGGAAGAACCCGGCGUAUGUUUCUGAUGAUGCGGAUUUAGAAAUCACUGCCAACAGGAUUGCAUGGGCAAAGUUCACCAAUUGUGGACAAUUUUGUAUCGCACCUGAUCACAUUAUUUGCUCAAAAGUGGUGCAAGACAAGCUAGCAAACUGUUUAAAAGAAUCAAUUGAGUCAUUCUACGGAACAGUUGUUGCUAAAUCACCAGAUUACGGCAGAAUUGUGAACGAGCGACAUUUCGAGCGAAUCGAGGCGCUGCUUGAAGACAACUGCGAGAUAUUCUUCGGAGGCCUAAGAGAUAAAGACACACUUUUCUUUUCUCCAACCAUUCUGCUAAAUGUCUCAAAAGAUGCGAAAUGUAUGCAAGAUGAAAUAUUCGGACCGAUUCUUCCAAUAGUGACAGUUGAAAGCGAAGAGGAAGCGCUGGAGUUCGUGAAUUCUCGGCCGAAGCCUCUCAGUUUGUAUCUGUUCACUUCGUCUGGCGAAAGGAUUCGUAAGUGGCGAAAUGAGACUUCGAGUGGAUCCUUCGCUGCUAAUGACUGUGUCAUCCAAGGAGGUCUGUCGACGCUUCCCUUCGGAGGUGUUGGUCCCAGUGGAACAGGAAACUAUCACGGGAAGUUCUCUUUCGAAGCAUUCACACAUCAGAAGUCGUGUCUGGAGGCACCUCUUCGACUGGUGGAGGGAGCCAAUCACCGAAUGAGAUACCCGCCCUAUACUGAGAGGAAGUUGGCGUGGGCCAGAUGGAUCAUCUUUGGAAAAGGAGGCUCGUGUAAUAUUUUAUGAAGAUGAUAGAUAGCGACAGCUAAAUUAAACGAGAUAAAAUUAAUGCCCGAAAUAAAAUUGAUAGAUAAAUUAAAUAAGAUAAAUUGA